GUUGAAUAAUUUAAUAAAUCAUAUUUCCAAGUCUUUACUGCUCGGGGACGCCAAUUUGACAAAUAACCUUGCGGUCUAGGCGCGUUUGCAAUUGAAGAGUUAUACCGAAAUAAAUACACACUUUCAAUUGUAUUUGUUUAUUUGUAAUUUAUAUGUUAUUGAAUUGAGUUUGAUAAUUUUUUAUAUUCGAAACAACUAUGGCUUUAGCUUAAGUUGUAAUGUUUGAAAAAUUAAGAAUAUUAUUCUAUUUAUUUUUAACAUUGUUUAUACCAUAUCUCCUACAAGAAUACAUUUCCACAAUAUUAAUAAAUAAAAUAGGGAAUUGUAAAAAUUGUCGGUAUUGUAAUAAAUGAAAAUGAUGUGUUUAUUGUAUCUCUUACUUCUGCUUUUUAAUUUAAGUUGUGUUUUAUCUGAAGUAAGUGUAAAAUUCGUAUUCAUCAUUGAGAAUCACGAACAAGAUUUAACUCAAAAAAUUGGUCGAGCAUUAAAGUCUGCGGAAGAAAUGAAAACAGGUGUUCGUCUUAGUGAUUCUAUCGUGUUAUUAGACAGAGAAAACGAAGAGGAAAGCUACAGACUGUUAUGUUCAUCAGUUUCGAAGGGUGUUUCUAUGAUAGUAGAUAUAUCUUGGUUUCCUUGGGAAAAGGCAGAAGAGUUAUCUUCUGUAAUCGGUGUCCCAAUAGUUAGGACUUUAUUGGGUCCUCAGCAGUUGGUUACCGCUUUGGAUAACUAUCUGGAAUCAAGAAAUGCUACGGAUGCUGCAAUUAUUGUUGAAAGUGAGAUCGAUGUGGAUAAAACUCUGUAUGAGUUGCUUGGGAGCUCUAACGUACGCGUUUGGGUACACGCGGGAUUAUCGCGGGAGUCGGCCAAGGCGUUAAAGACCAUGCGGCCAGAACCCAGCUUCUAUGCAAUAGUAGGAGACAGCGAGUUUGUUUUUAAUACGUAUAAAAGAGCAGUGAAAGAGAAGUUAGUGCGCAGAAAUUAUCGCUGGAAUCUGGUCAUCACGGACUAUGUGGAAUCGUCGUAUAUAGAAUUUAGCCAACUCAUUCUCCCUACGAUGUUUCUGCAAGUGGAUCCUGCAGAGUGCUGCAGGGUUAUUAAUCAGAAGGACGAAUGCAGCUGUCCGCCGAUGCAGAAAAAUCAAAUCAUUUUAAACUCAUUAAUAGUGUACAUAGUUGAGGUAUACUCAAAGUUGGAUGACUCAACAGUAACGGUUCGUGUGGACUGCGAAGAUCUACAGGCUGAACUGAACAGUACAAGAGACAAGUUGUACAAACAAUUUGCAGAGGAUACUGAAAAUAACGAAACAAUAUUCUAUUGGAUUGAGGAUAGAUCUAGUCUUCUAUUGCGUUCUCGCUUUAUAUUAUAUACAUACAUUUCCGAUGAGGGUCUAACAAAAGUAGCCAGCUGGUUCGCUGGUGAAAAUUACAAGCUUCUACCCGGAGUUACUUUGGAACCAUUGAAGAUGUUUUUUCGAAUUGGAACCGCUCUUGCAGUGCCAUGGACUCUACCCAAAUUACAUCCAGACACAGGUGAACAAUUGGUAAACGAAGAAGGGCAGCCUCUUUAUGAGGGAUAUUGUAUCGAUUUAAUAGAAAAAUUAUCAGAGGCAAUGAAUUUUGAAUACGAGAUCGUAACACCCAAAGUUGGGGGAUUCGGUAAAAAGUUACCAAACGGAACGUGGGACGGAGUGGUGGGAGAUCUCAUGGUUGGGGAAACAGAUAUAGCAGUUGGCGCUUUGACCAUGACAGCCGAACGGGAAGAAGUUAUAGAUUUCGUUGCGCCUUAUUUCGAACAAACGGGAAUUCUUAUAGUGAUUAGGAAACCAAUACGCAAGACGUCACUGUUCAAGUUCAUGACAGUACUGCGCACGGAGGUGUGGCUGAGCAUCGUGGCGGCGCUUGUGCUCACCGGCUUCAUGAUCUGGUUGCUGGAGAAGUACUCUCCGUACUCGGCCAGGAACAACCCCGACGCGUAUCCGUAUCCUUGCAGAGAAUUCACCCUGAAGGAAAGUUUCUGGUUCGCUCUGACGUCGUUCACGCCUCAGGGAGGAGGCGAAGCUCCGAAGGCGCUGUCAGGGAGGACUCUAGUGGCCGCGUACUGGUUGUUCGUUGUUCUCAUGCUCGCAACGUUCACUGCUAACUUGGCAGCUUUCCUUACUGUGGAGAGGAUGCAGACGCCAGUAUCUUCUCUCGAGCAACUGGCCAGGCAGUCUCGUAUUAACUACACCGUGGUGGAGAGCUCCAGCGUUCACCAGUACUUUAUUAACAUGAAGUUUGCAGAAGACACACUUUACAGGGUGUGGAAAGAAAUCACAUUAAAUGCAACAUCAGACCAGGCGCAAUACAGGGUGUGGGACUACCCCAUCAGGGAACAAUACGGACAUAUCCUGCUGGCUAUCAAUGCAUCAGGUCCAGUACCCGACGCUAAGACAGGCUUCCAACAGGUCAACGAGCACGCUGACGCAGACUUCGCGUUCAUUCAUGAUUCAGCUGAAAUUAAAUACGAAGUAACCAGAAACUGUAACCUGACCGAAGUGGGAGAGGUAUUCGCGGAACAGCCAUACGCCAUCGCCGUGCAGCAAGGCUCCCGGCUGCAGGAGGAUAUAUCCAGAGCUCUGCUUGAGCUGCAGAAGGAACGGUUCUUGGAGCAGAUGGCUUCCAAGUAUUGGAACGAGACGGCGAGACAAGCCUGUCCUGAUGCUGAUGAAUCGGAGGGGAUUACUUUGGAGAGCUUGGGCGGCGUCUUCAUUGCCACUCUAUUUGGUCUGGGUUUAGCGAUGAUAACUUUAGCCUGGGAAGUCCUCUACUACAAACGCAAAGAGAAGACCAAAAUCCAUACACUAGACGUAAAACCAAAGCCAAAACCUUUCGCGCAAACAAAGAAAAAUCUAGAAAAACUGACGGGGGUAGUUAAAUUGAGAAAGAGGGAUGUUGCCAAAACUGCUAAGCUGGGUAAAGAUACAGUGACCAUCGGUGAUACUUUCAAGCCGGCUAAAGGUGUUUCAUAUAUAAGCGUUUUUCCUAAAAAUGAAUAUAGGCCGUAAGUUGUUCUUUGCGUGCAACAUUACAUAGUUAGUAGUUCGGGUAAGGAAAGGGCGAGGCGUACAUUAUGUAAUUAUAAGCUUAGAAAAAUCAUCAAUCAUCAUCGGGAACUUUUUGAAAAAAAUGAUGGCUGCACAGCUUCACUCUAGUAUUAGUACGUAAAUACAUUGUAUUAAGGUAGUAAUUUGCUUUUAGAAAAAAAAAUAGAGAUGCAAGCAAUAUUAACAUGGAUAAUAUUAUAAUAUUAAGUGCCUUGUAGUGGUAGUAAGUAAAGGAAGAAAUAAAAAUAUUCAUGAAAUAUAACAAGUGUUUUAUUU